AGCAACUGAAUUUUACCAAUUACUUAUCAAAUUUCACGUGUUAUUCUCUCUCUAACGAUUUCACUUUUUUGAAGUUUAAUGACGGUUCACCAAACAAAGAAGAUUGUGAGAAUGGAGCUAGUUCUGGUGAUAGAAGAAGUGCACAAGCUAAUGAAAAUGAAGAAGAUACAAUUGAUGAAGAAGCAAACUCUGGUGAUAAAAAAAGUGCACAAGAUGAUGAAAAUGAAGAAGAGAUAUGUGAUGAAGAAGCAAAAUCUGGUACAUAUCAUCUAAGGGAAGAAGAGAAUAUACUUGGGAAAAAUGAGACUACACAAAAAAUCACUCAAGACGAAGACACAGAAAAACUUGAAUCUGAAAGUUGCUUGAAACAAACAUCGCAGGUAUGAAUCUAAACUAGGAUAUAAAGGUUUAUAAAUUUUUUGAUUUAGUGCUUGGCAAAUUGAAUUUCUUAUUUCUUUUGUAGGUUAUGUCGCCUACUCCAACAUUCAAUACUCCAAACUUUGAUACAAGGGUACAAAAUUAAUAUAGUUUUAUAAGGCCUUGUAAAGUUUAAUGUAUAUAUCAUAAACAUCUAAUUUUCAAAUAUUUUGUUUGCAGGUUACAUCGCCUACUCCAACAUUUAUGUCUCCUAAGUUUGAUCUCCUUUCCCAAGAAAGUCGUAGUGGAAAGGGUACAAAUGAGGCAUUUUAUAAAGCUUUAUAAAAUAUUUCAUGAUCGAUAAAGGCCUCUUAAACAAUUUGCAUGGGAUGAUGGUGGCUAGGGAUUUUUGGGGGAGUCAAGGAGAUCGAGGAGAUCAGGGGGAUGAUGGUGGCUCGAAGAAUCUGGAUUCUUUCCCGAUCUGGUGUGGAGAUUAGGUUCUCGGCAAAUCAAUUAUCAGAUUUGAGAGGGACAGCUAGUGGGUAAGGGGGGAGAUGCGAAGAACGGCGAGAUGGCUCGGAAGAGGUUAAAGAUUUCUGUUCCUCACUUUGAUAACUCGGACCUGAUCAAAAGCUAUGCUUUGACAUUGGUGGGGAGAUGCAUGAAUCCGGAGAAGCAAAAGGUUGAUGCGCUUCUGGUAAUGCUACCUAAGAUCUGGAAGGUGGAAGAGAGGGUAACGGGCGCUGAUUUGGGAAUGGGGAAGUUCCAGUUCCACUUUGAGAGAGAGGAAGACAUUGAAGCGGUUCUGGAGAUGCAGCCGUAUCAUUUUGAUUACUGGAUGCUCGCGUUGGCAAGAUGGCAACCACGUAUGCCUAGAAACUUCCCAUAUGAGAUUCCUUUUUGGAUCAAAGUGGAGGGAGUCCCGCUGGAGUUCUGGUCGACAGCAACAUUCCAGAGCAUAGGGGAUGCUAUUGGAGAGACCACAGACGUGGAUUUGGACUUUGGCAAGAUGAGGGUGGUUAUGGAUGCUGCUAAGGAAUUGUGCUUUGAAACAACGGUUGAUUUCAAAGGCGGUGAGUUCUAUGAGGAGGAAGAGGCGCCGGUUUUCCUCAAAUACGACAAGUUGUUUGGGUUUUGCAAGCUAUGUUUCAAGCUGUGUCACGACGAGGACCAAUGCCCGUUGAAUCCGAAUCCUCCAAAGAAACAAGAAACUAAGGACGGAACAGAAGGAAAAACGGAGGAUCGGGCAAGGAGUUAUAAGGGAGUGGUGAUCAAUGGGGAAGCAGGCAAUCAGGAGGUUUUAAAUGAUCAGAGAGGUUACUAUGGCAAAGGUAAAGGAAAAUGUAUGAGGAACCAGAGGCUAAGUGGGUCAAGGUCCCGGAAAGAGGAAGCAAGAGGCCCUCAUCCUAUCGUACCACCAACAGAGGAGAGGAAGAACGAUCAAGGUCACGUAAUACCCGUUGGGAACAACCAAGGUACUCAGUCCAAGAUGAUAGACACAGGUAUCAACGGGGCGCAAGGACCGCACGAAAUACCAUAGAAAGGGAGCGAGAGGAGCCAAAGGAAGAGGGCGAGAUUGGGAGCUCAGGGAGGGUGUCGAGAAAUUUGCACAAGGUGGAGAAACCACAGCUGGCAUUACCGGAAUCCACCGGUGACAAGCUUGCGAUGAGUGGAGCAAGGGCUACUGCUAUGGAUUUGGAGGGGGAGAUAGGAGAUAGUACGGAGAUAGCGAACUUGGUAAAUGAUUUGGAACAGGCUAUGGCCUUAGUGGGUAAGGGAAAUGCUAUUGAAGCCAAUGUGACUUUGAAGCCUGAUGAAUCAGUGGUGAUUGAGGAACGCAAGGAGGAGCUAGCGGAGGGAGCUGAUGAUUUCCAAUCCCUUACGGACGAGGAAACGGUUAAGGCUGAUGAGGAUAUGAGAGGUGUAGCUGAGGGGGAGGCGGAAUUGGGUGGGAAUGGGGAUCACGAUGUCCAAGCGGGAGGGGAGGAGAAGAAGAAGGGAGCUCGUAAGAUUUUGUUUAAGAAGCCACCAGGGAUAGCAGUAGGAACCUCUAAGAUGCGGCUUGUUCAGGCUGUUCUCUCACCGCGUAAGAAUGGUGUUUCUAAGUCAAGCAAGCGUCAGGGAGGAGGGGGAGAGGGAGCCAAGCAAGCUGAGGAGAAGGGAGCCAAGCAAGCUGAGGAGAAGGGUCCAUUAAACCCAAAGAACUCGGAAAAAACAGGAUAAUUAGUUUAUGGAUAGCACAAUAAACGAUGUAUUUCAGUCGGGAUUGGGAGUCUUUUUUCAUGUGUUAAAAAUAAGCUCAGUGAGCAUUUAUUUGUGUUUGGGUUUGGGGUCUAUCUGGUUUUAUUUUGGUACUGCAGUGUAUGCAGCUCUUGGCUAUUAUUGUCGUUGGAAUAAAUUUAAAGUUGGUUA